AUGGCAAUGAUAGACAAUAAAACACAAUGUUUUAAUUGCAAGAAAAAAAAAAUAACAUAUCCUUGUGAAGGAUGUUCACAACGAUUUUGUUUUAUGGAUUUAUCAGAACAUAAACAAAUAUUAAAUGACGAAUUAAAUCAUAUAACCAAUGAAUAUAAUGAAUUUAAACAAAGGAUUAAUGAACAAAAACAAAAUCCACAACAUCUACAAAAUCAUCCAUUAAUAGAACAAAUUAAUCAAUGGGAAAUAAAAUCUAUUGAAAAAAUUCAACAAAAUGCACAAGAGUGCAGAGAAAUCUUCAUUAAAUAUUCACAAACAUGUAUUGAUGAUAUUGAAAUGAAAUUUCAUGAUUUAUCUGAACAAAUAAAACAAAUUCAUGAAGAAAAUGAAUUUAAUGAAAUGAAUUUAGAUUAUUUAAGAAAUCAUCUAAUAGAAAUCACUGAAGAAUUAAAUAAUCCAUCAACUAUUUCUAUUCAGCAAGAUCCACAAUCAUUUAUUAAUGAAAUUUCAAUUAUCCCAUUAGAAAAAAAACCGAAAUUCAACAAAUGGAAACAAAAUGCUAUUACUGUGGCUGGUGUAAAUGAAAAAGGGGAAGGAUUUAAUCAACUCAUGGGCCCUCAUGGAAUGUUUAUUGAUAAAAACAAAAAUAUUUUCAUUGCUGAUUGUUCAAAUCAUCGUAUUGUUAAAUGGAAACAUAAUGCAAAAGAGGGACAAAUUAUUGUAGGUGCAAAUGGGCAAGGAAAUCGAAUAGAUCAAUUGAACAUACCAACAGAUGUGAUUGUUGAUCAACAAAAUCAUUCGAUUAUCAUUGCUGAUCAAGGGAACAGACGAGUGAUUCAAUGGUUAAAUCAAAAGCAACAAAUUCUCAUUGACAAUAUUGAUUGUUCUCGCUUAGCAAUGGAUAAACAUGGAUUUCUUUAUGUUUCUGAUUUUAAGAAGAAUGAAGUGAGACGAUGGAAAAUGGAAGAAUUUAACAACCAAGGAGUUGUAGUGGCAGGUGGAAAUGGAUAUGGAUAUC